AGUGAUCUGCAGGUGCCGGGCAUACAGCAACUUUCCUGCACGCUGCAAGGGGUGCUCUCUGCUGCUUCCCCGCACAGCACAGGGGGAAGGAGCCUGUGGUCGCACAGACACUUCCAGCGCAUCUAUAGAUCUACAGGUGUCACCAGCAUGCAGAGCUGCGGCAGGUCCUGGGGGCUGCUGUGCCGGUCAGUGCGGCUGCAGGGCAGGGCGCUAGGAUGCAGCAAAAGCGGAUCCUGGAGCACUAUGGAGGGGCUGAUGAGGAGCAGCAGUAGCCGUGUCUCCGCUGCGGCAGCGCCUGCUCUAGCAUCCCCCUCCAACUCCCAUAGGCAGAUUGAGCGCCUGUUGCCCCGGCACGAUGACUUCUCGGAGCGACACAUUGGCCCCGGGGAUAAGGAGAAGCGGGAGAUGCUACAGACCAUUGGGGUGGAGAGUAUUCAGGAGCUGAUUGACAUGACUGUUCCUUCCAGCAUCCGCCUGUCAAGACCCCUGAGAAUGGACAAUCCAAUUUGUGAAAAUGAAAUUCUUGAUACACUCCACAACAUAGCAUCAAAGAACAAGAUCUGGAGGUCCUAUAUAGGCAUGGGUUACUAUAAUUGCUCUGUGCCUCAAGCCAUUUUAAGAAACUUACUGGAAAACGCAGGCUGGUUGACACAGUAUACUCCAUAUCAACCUGAGGUGUCCCAGGGCAGACUUGAGAGUUUACUGAAUUAUCAAACCAUGGUCUGUGAUAUCACUGGAAUGGAGGUGGCAAACGCUUCCUUACUGGAUGAAGGAACUGCUGCAGCAGAAGCGAUGCAGUUAUGUCACAGACACAACAAGAGGCGGAAGUUCUAUGUGGAUAGCAGAUGCCACCCUCAGACCAUAGCUGUGGUGCAGACAAGAGCCAACUACACUGGAGUGACUACAGAGCUGAUGUUGCCACAUGAGAUGGACUUCACAGGAAAAGAUGUCAGUGGAGUAUUAUUUCAGUAUCCGGACACUGAUGGAAAGGUGGAAGACUUCACGGAGCUGGUGGACAGAGCUCACCAAAAUGGGACUCUGGCAUGCUGUGCUACUGACCUCUUGGCACUAUGUAUCCUGAGGCCUCCUGGUGAGUUUGGAGUGGACAUCGCUCUGGGCAAUUCUCAGAGAUUCGGAGUACCACUGGGCUAUGGAGGACCACAUGCAGCUUUCUUUGCUGUGAGGGAAAAGUUGGUUCGAACUAUGCCUGGAAGAAUGGUUGGAGUGACUAGAGAUGCUGCUGGAAAGGAAGUUUAUCGUCUUGCAUUACAAACCAGAGAGCAGCACAUCCGGAGGGAUAAAGCCACAAGCAACAUAUGCACUGCACAGGCCCUGCUGGCAAACAUGGCUGCUAUGUUUUGUGUUUAUCAUGGACCAAAUGGCUUGAAGCAUAUUGCACGGAGAGUUCAUAAUGCCGCACUGAUAUUUGCAGAAGGUCUGAAGAGAGCUGGCCAUAGGUUGCACCAUGACAUGUUCUUUGACACGCUAAAGAUUCAUUGUGGAUGUCCAGUGAAAGAUGUCCUGGAUCGCGCUGCACACCGCCACAUAAACCUUCGUAUUUACAGUAAUGGCUCACUUGGUGUAUCUAUUGAUGAAACUGUAAAAGAAAAAGAUCUGGAUGAUCUGUUAUGGGUGUUUGGCUGUGAAUCCUCCGCAGAAUUGAUUGCUGAAAGCAUGGAAGAAGACAACAAAGGCAUCCUUGCAACUGCAUUCAAGAGAACCAGCAAAUUUCUCGCACACCCAGUGUUUAACAGUUACCAUUCAGAAACGAAUAUUGUCCGCUACAUGAAACGAUUGGAAAACAAGGAUAUUUCACUUGUGCAUAGUAUGAUUCCCCUAGGAUCAUGCACAAUGAAACUUAAUAGUUCCUCAGAGCUUAUCCCAAUUACUUGGCCAGAAUUUGCCAAUAUUCAUCCAUUUGUGCCCAUAAACCAGGCUCAGGGCUAUCAACAGCUAUUUAGAGAACUUGAAAAAGACUUGUGUGAAAUAACGGGAUAUGACAGAAUCUCAUUCCAGCCAAACAGUGGUGCACAGGGUGAAUAUACUGGAUUGGCCGCCAUCAAGGCUUACUUAAGUGCAAAAGGUGAACCUCAUCGAAGUGUCUGUCUUAUACCGAAAUCCGCACAUGGCACCAACCCGGCAAGUGCCCAGAUGGCGGGCAUGAAAAUACAGCCAGUGGAAACAGACAAAGAUGGGAGCAUUGACCUAGCUCAUCUGAAAGCCAUGGUUGAUAAACACAAAGACAAUUUGGCUGCUAUAAUGAUCACUUACCCUUCAACCAAUGGGGUUUUUGAGGAAGAUGUAAGUGAUGUCUGUGAUCUAAUUCACAAGAAUGGUGGUCAGGUAUAUUUGGAUGGCGCAAAUAUGAAUGCUCAGGUAGGACUGUGCCGUCCCGGUGACUAUGGGUCUGAUGUGUCUCAUUUAAACCUUCACAAGACAUUCUGUAUCCCCCAUGGUGGUGGAGGCCCUGGAAUGGGACCUAUAGGCGUAAAGAAGCAUCUUGCCCCGUAUUUACCAAGCCAUCCAGUCAUUACACUUCAACAGGACAGUGAUGCCCGGCCUUUGGGCACUGUAAGUGCAGCCCCAUGGGGCUCCAGUGCUAUUUUGCCUAUUUCAUGGGCUUAUAUCAAGAUGAUGGGUGCAAAGGGGCUCAAGCAUGCUACAGAAAUUGCAAUAUUGAAUGCAAAUUACAUGACAAAGAGACUGGAAACGUACUACAAAAUCCUAUACAGAGGUUCUAGAGGCCGUGUAGCUCAUGAAUUCAUCCUUGACGUGAGACCGUUUAAGAAGUCUGCAAACAUAGAGGCUGCAGAUAUUGCAAAAAGACUGCAAGACUAUGGUUUCCAUGCUCCUACCAUGUCCUGGCCCGUGGCAGGUACUCUUAUGAUUGAGCCUACAGAGUCUGAAGACAAGGCUGAGCUGGACCGUUUCUGUGAUGCCAUGAUUAGUAUAAGACAGGAAAUCGCUGAUGUUGAGGAAGGUAGAAUGGACUCCAGGAUUAAUCCUCUAAAGAUGUCCCCACACACAUUGACUUGCAUUGCAUCUUCUACUUGGGAUCGCCCAUACUCCAGAGAAGUGGCUGCAUUCCCCUUGCCUUUUGUGAAACCGGAGAGCAAAUUCUGGCCCACAAUUGCGCGGAUUGAUGACCUCUACGGUGACCAACAUUUGGUCUGCUCUUGUCCUCCCAUGGAGGUGUACGAAUCUCCUUUCACAGAACAGAAAAGAGCCUCUUCGUAAAGUUACAAACUCCAUUUUGAACAUGACUGCCAAUCAGCCUUGGUAGCAGCAGCAAAUGGUUCCUGCGGAUUGAAGAGUUUUUAUACAUGUUGUAAAUUUAUAUUUUUUAAUACUAUUACAACUUGCUACUAAGAGAACUUGUAAAAACAAUCAUUGGGCAGAAGCAAAGCCACUUAAAACAGAAAUCUAGCUUAUUUGUGCAAUAAAGUGCAGAAAAGGCAAAUUAGGCGAUUUGCCCUAGUGACGCAAAUGAAAAAAAUUGGCACAAAUAUGUUAAUUUUACAAUUCAUUCAGUCAUUUUUAAUAUGUAAUGGUGAUUGUGAGCUAUAAUUUAUUGCACUUUAAAUACUUCAAAUGCAAUAAAUGUACACUCUGCAAUUGCCGUUUCAUUAUUUGUUCAUUUAUACAGGAGCGACUUAACUCCACCCACAUGUCAUUACAGAACGAAUUUGAGUGCAAGUGGGGGCUGAAAAUAACAGAAAAUGACAGGAGGGUGGAGUAACAGACUGUACUACAUGGGGGGAAAUUUAGAGUUGGUUUCCCGGCCUUGACACACAUUUUGGUGUGACCUCAGGUCCUGUAUAGUGCCUUUACAGAACAUUUUUGAUCUUUAUCAGCUGUGCGGCAUGCUGAGAAGGACUGCCAGCUACACAACCAGUUUUGGUAGUUAAAUUAAAAUGACAGGUGUGGUGAUGCCAGGUUUAAGGUGGUGCCUGUAUAACUAACAAAUACUACUACUUUUGAUUUUUACUCCUCUCUAUUUGAUGUUUUUGUACUUGAUGUUCUGUGCAUUAAGUCAAGUUGGUAGGUCUUAGUCUUUUCCUAAUAUUCCAAUAUUUUGUUGUUGUUGUUGUGGUGGGGUGUGUGUUUUUUUUUAUAAAUAGUUUUUAUUGCUUUACAGGCUUAUUUACUGUGUCUAAUGUAUUUUAUGUAAAUGUCCAGUGUUUUGGUAGUUUAUUGUUCUUACAUCUUAGAACUCGUACACAAGUGGUGGUGCACACCGCUAUAAACACAAACUUUCUUCUCAUGGAUCCUCCCAAACAUGUAAGGGCUUUUUUGUUUUGUUUUUUUGUUUUUCCUAACUUUACUUUCUGUUGUGUGAAUGCAAUGUUUUGUAGCCUAUGUUUAAGAUCCUGUAGAAAAGUAAGAGGUUUUGAAAACUGAGCUAGCUAAAUGCUAGUAGUUUUUGCAAAAUACCAUUAGACAAUCCAGGUAUCAGACAUAUUUCUCAUAUUGCAUCCAUUUAAUAAAUGAUACCAUCUCAAUGUCCUGCAUUAGCAUGCCAUGGUAGUGUCCUUUUUACUUGUUUCAUUGUUUUUAAUAUUUUAGCAUCCCAAAUAAAUUUUUUUCAUGGUCCUAGUAAUAAGGGUGUGGGAUCCAGGGGGGUAAUUCCAAGUUGAUCGCAGCAGGAUUUUUGUUAGCAAU